UCACACACUUCAGCCUUGUAUUUUAGAUUUGGAUCUGGUAACCUGAAGGAGAUGGAAUGUUAUCCUGUUAGGGAACUAGCUAGGUCAUGUACUAGGACAAUCUGCUGCUUGGAACAUCCUGCCUUCUUUGCCUUUGAUUCCACGAGAUCCUUACUUUUUAUCUCCGAACCUAAAAGAAAUAGGAUUGGUAUCUACGAUGCUAAUACAUUCGUGUUCAAAUCCUGGUUAACCUGUCCUGAUUACACGCUAAGGAAUCCUAGAAAUAUAGUGGUUGCAGGGAACUACUUAGUGAUUCUACAAAGUAACGGCAUCAUUAUAUUCCUGAUCGAUGAGAAGGCAUAUUCACGAGCAAUUUCCUUUCAAUUCAUUCCAGGAUGUUUCAGUGGAUUGUGCUGGGUUGAGGCGACACAUGAGCUAGCUUCUGUUAAAAGUGGAAACGAACAGUGUGAACAAACUAUCAGGAGAUACAGGAAAGAUCUGGCGAACUCUUUCAUUUAUGUUGGUUCUAUUGAGAUACACAACAAGAGGUAGCCAAUACUUUUUUAU